CCCCGCAGAGCCUGCCCACAGGUAGGUGCGACUCACAGCAGCCAGGAAGCUCCAGGCCCGGUUCUGUUGUGCUUCUUGGUGACGUUCAGGAAGCCCGUGGCAGAUGGACCAGGGGCCCCCACGCAGGGCGGCGCUACCAGGCGUCCUCUCUUCCUCCAGGCUCGUCCGGGCUCUGCCUCCAGCCGAAGCAUGAGUGGCCUCAAGGGGGCCUCCAGUCUGGCAACCAAUGCUUCCCUGGCGGCUGCGGAUCAGUGUGGCCAGGAGACGCCGCUGGAGAACGUGCUCUUAGCCUCCUUCUACCUUCUGGAUUUCCUCCUGGCUUUUGUGGGCAAUGCCCUGGCCUUAUGGCUUUUCCUCCGGGACCGCCGGGCGGGCACCCCUGCCGACGUGUUCCUGCUGCACCUGGCCGUGGCAGACCUGUCCUGCGUGCUGGUCCUGCCCACGCGCCUGGUCUACCACUUCUCGGGGAGCCACUGGCCGUUCGGGGAAAUCCCAUGCCGCCUCACUGGCUUCCUCUUCUACCUCAACAUGUAUGCCAGCAUCUACUUCCUCACCUGCAUCAGCGCCGACCGCUUCCUGGCCAUUGUGCACCCCGUCAAGUCCCUCAAGCUCCGCAGGCCCCUCUACGCUCACCUGGCCUGCGCCUGCCUCUGGGUGGUGGUGGCCGUGGCCAUGGCCCCACUGCUGGUGAGCCCACAGACCGUGAGGACCAACCACACAGUCGUCUGCCUGCAACUGUACCGGGAGAAGGCCUCCCCCCACGCGCUCCUGUCCCUGGCUGUGGCCUUCACCUUCCCGUUCGUCACCACGGUUACCUGCUACCUGCGGAUCAUCCACAGCCUGCGGCGGGGCCCCCGGGUGGAGACGCGCCUCAAGAACAAGGCGGUCCGCACCGUUGCCCUGGUGCUGGCCAUCUUCCUGAUCUGCUUCCUGCCCUACCACGUGCACCGUUUCGUCUACGUGCUGCGCCACCGCAGCACCUCCUGCGCCGCCCGGCGCGCCCUGGCCCUGGGGAACAGGGUCACCUCCUGCCUCACCAGCCUCAACGGGGCCCUGGACCCCAUCAUGUACUUUUUUGUGGCUGAGAAGUUCCGCAACACCCUGUGCAACCUGCUCUGCAGCCCAGGGCUCUCCGGGCCGCCCCCUAGCCUGGAAGGGAGGACCAAUGAGAGCUCGAUGAGCGCCAGGUCAGAGCUGUAGCCCAGGCCAGAGCUGUACCCCAGGCCAGUGCUGUACCCCAGGUCAGAGCUGUACCCCAGGUCAGAGCUUUACCCCAGGACAGAGCUGUAGCCCAGGCCAGAGCUGUACCCCAGGCCAGAGCUGUAGUCCAGGCCAGAGCUGUAGCCCAGGCCAGAGCUGUACCCCAGGCCAGUGCUGUACCCCAGGUCAGAGCUGUACCCCAGGUCAGAGAUGUACCCCAGGACAGAGCUGUACCCCAGGCCAGAGCUGUACCCCAGGCCAGAGCUGUACCCCAGGUCAGAUAUGUACCCCAGGCCAGAGCUGUACCCCAGGUCAGAUAUGUACCCCAGGCCAGAGCUGUGAGCUCCUCCCCAGCCACACGCUGAGGAAAGACAGGGAAUCCGCAGAUCACUCCCGUCCCUCCCAGGUCAGACCUCAUCACCUAGAGCUGGUUCUGUGGUUCUGUCUCACCCGAUACACGAACCCUAAAAUAGGAGAACCCUCUGCAGGUCGCCCCUGCGGCCCGUGGGCCCAGCGCCAGAAUCUCAGUGAUGUCACUGCAGCAGGAGGCCCAGCAGGAGGCCCGGGAGGGGCCCAGGGGCCCCAGCUUUCCUCAGUGCUCUGGCUCCUGCCCUCUCCGAUAGAGCCACAGGGAGAGCCGCUGGCCGCUGGGGCCCUGGGAGCGCAGGGGAGGGGAGGGCAGGAGGCGGGCGAUGUGCAAGGUGCUUUGAGUUCCCUUGGCCCGCACCUUGGCCAGAUGACCCCUGAGUCUAGGAGCCACAAACUAUAAAUUGUAGCUGAUCACUAAGUACAUCUCAGGCUGGCGCCGGCGACAUCCAACAAGCAUGGCCUGUGGGCACCCCUUCCGAUCCUCCUGCUGGAACCCACAUGGGGGCGGAGGGCAAGGGGGAGGAGGGUCUGUCAACCCCAGCUUCUCGGCGGCUGCCAACAGAGUCCGGGCAGCGCAGACUAGCGGACAGCAGUCAGGGAGCUGGCCGCCACCACCCAGACCUGCAGGGCUGCCUCAGCCCCGCUCCCUCCCGGACCGCUCCCUAUGGCCUGGCCAGGCUCAGAGCAGCUCCACUUCCUGUGCCGGGUGCCGCCCUGCCAGUCUCU